GGGUCUGUAGGUGGCGGUGUAGUUUUGAACGACACUUACCGCGCUUCUUGCAAAGCUACAGUUUUCAUUUCCACAUUUCCGGUCGGUGCACAGGAAGAGCGGUUUUUGUAUGAGAAGAGUGGUUCAGCAAUGCCGAAGUUCUACUGUGACUACUGUGACACCUACCUAACACAUGACUCGCCGUCUGUGAGAAAGACCCACUGUAGCGGCCGCAAACACAAGGAGAAUGUGAAGGACUACUAUCAGAAAUGGAUGGAGGAACAGGCACAGAGCCUUAUCGAUAAGACCACGGCUGCCUUCCAGCAGGGGAAGAUUCCAGCAACGCCUUUCUCUGGAGCUCCACCCCCAGGUGGUGCCAUGCUCCCCCCUCCAAACAUCAGUGGCCCACCACGUCCUGGAAUGCUGCCAGCUCCCCCUAUGGGCGGUCCUCCAAUGAUGCCCAUGAUGGGGCCUCCUCCCCAUGGCAUGAUGCCAGGUGGUCCAGGCCCUGGUAUGCGACCUCCAAUGGGCGGGCCUAUGCAAAUGAUGCCCGGACCCCCCAUGAUGCGGCCCCCUGCUCGUCCCAUGAUGCUGUCUGUCAGGCCUGGCAUGGCUAGACCUGACAGAUAAGUCCACCGCCACCACCACCUCAUCAUUAUCUACGAAAAUACCCUUUAUUUUUAUUUUUUGUUUCACUUCCGAUGUCCCAAACUAAGUAAGAUUCCCUUUAAUGACAUUUAUAGGGUUUUCUCCUCUGGCGGUCAUGCUUUUCAUUUUUGAUUGGCCAAAGACCCUUGAGGGAAGCAGUCAGAUUUGAGGAUGACAGUGACAAACUUUGUUUUUGUUUUUUUUUCUACUGUUGAUUUUGGGAUUUCCUCCAUCUCCUUGUGGCAAACAGCAGUGCAUCUUGCUUAGAUGUACAAUCCAGUUUUUUAUCAAUUUGGGGAUUUACAUAUGGAAUAUAAUUUUUUAAUAUUUUAGUUGUCUUGCAUUUGUUUUUACCAUAAUGAUCUGAGUCAAGAUGCCACCAUGUCAUUUUAGUUUAUCAUUUUUAAAAGACACUGGUUUUUACUAAGUAAAUUGUCUUUAAGGAAGUGAAUGUACUUCAUUUGUCAUCCUUUUUUAAGAAAUAAAAUUAGUAUUUUUUUUUUUGAUUAA